GCAACAUUGACACGCCUUUGGCAUGUAUUCUCCUAUAAUAAACGACCAUCCACACAGUUACUAAUCAGACCUGACAAUUUCUGUUUUGUUUGACGUUUCGCUGAAUGUUAUUUUUCUCUUUUCUCCAUUACUACUGAAUCUUGUCUUAAGAGCUGUCGUUCACCACCAGGAGAAUAAAACAAAAUGGCACCUAAAGGAGGAGGACAAAGCGUUCUAGUUCGUCAUAUCUUGUGCGAAAAGCACUCUAAGAUUAUGCAAGCCCAAGAGAAGCUGAAUGCUGGCGAGCGAUUUGACAAAGUUGCCCAGCAGUUCAGCGAGGACAAGGCUAAACGCGGUGGAAACCUUGGUUGGAUGACUCGUGGUUCUAUGGUUGGACCUUUCCAAGAUGCUGCUUUUAAACUGGAACCAAGUAAGGUCGACAAACCAAUUACCACUAUGGUGAAAACCAAUUUUGGUUAUCAUAUUAUUAUGAUCGAGGGGAAGAAGUAAUCGUUAAGUAUCCUUAGUGCUCGUUAAAUACAAAUAAAAAAUGUUUGCGCGUUCUAUAGCAAAAUAAUGCAGUAUCAUAGAAUACAGUAUUUGUG